CGCCCUGGGCCGAGUCUCCCGGCGGAGGGCGGCGGGGACCGGGCGCGGCGGCGGCGGUGGCGGCCUCGGCGGCGGGAGCAACAUGGAUUGGGGCACCGAGUUGUGGGAUCAGUUCGAGGUGCUCGAGCGCCAUACGCAGUGGGGGCUGGACCUGUUGGACAGAUACGUGAAGUUCGUGAAAGAACGCACGGAGGUCGAACAGGCCUAUGCGAAGCAGCUGCGGAGCCUCGUGAAAAAAUACCUGCCCAAGAGACCUACCAAAGAUGACCCCGAGUCCAAGUUCAGCCAGCAGCAAUCCUUUGUCCAGCUUCUGCAGGAGGUGAAUGAUUUUGCUGGCCAGCGGGAGCUGGUGGCCGAGAACCUCAGCGUCCGGGUGUGUCUGGAGCUGGCCAAGUACUCCCAGGAGAUGAAGCAGGAGAGGAAGAUGCACUUCCAGGAAGGGCGGCGGGCCCAGCAGCAGCUGGAGAACGGCUUCAAACAGCUGGAGAAUAGCAAGCGUAAAUUUGAGCGAGACUGCCGGGAGGCGGAGAAGGCAGCGCAGACCGCCGAGCGGCUGGACCAGGACAUCAAUGCCACCAAAGCUGAUGUGGAGAAGGCCAAGCAGCAAGCGCACCUUCGGAGUCACAUGGCAGAAGAAAGCAAGAACGAGUAUGCAGCCCAGCUACAGCGCUUUAACCGGGACCAGGCCCACUUCUACUUUUCACAGAUGCCCCAGAUAUUUGAUAAACUACAGGACAUGGAUGAACGCCGGGCCACCCACUUAGGGGCUGGGUACGGGCUCCUGUCGGAGGCCGAGCUGCAGGUGGUCCCCAUCAUCGCCAAGUGCUUGGAGGGCAUGAAGGUGGCUGCGGAUGCCGUGGAUGCCAAGAACGACUCCCAGGUCCUCAUCGAGCUGCACAAGUCAGGCUUCGCCCGCCCGGGCGACGUGGAAUUCGAAGACUUCAGCCAGCCCAUGAACCGAGCCCCCUCAGACAGCAGCCUGGGCACCCCCUCCGACGGCCGCCCCGAGCUCCGAGGCCCGGGCCGCAGCCGUGCCAAGCGUUGGCCCUUCGGCAAGAAGAACAAGCCGCGCCCCCCAUCCCUCUCCCCCCUGGGGGGUCCCCUGCCCUCGGUAUUGCCUAACGGACCCCCGUCCCCACGCUCCGGCCGCGACCCCUUGGCCAUACUGAGUGAGAUCAGUAAGUCAGUCAAACCGCGGCUAGCGUCCUUCCGCAGCUUCCGAGCCGGCCGUGGGGCGGUGGUGACGGAAGAUUUCAGCCACCUGCCCCCGGAGCAGCAGAGAAAGCGGCUUCAGCAGCACUUAGAAGAACGGAAUCGUGAGCUCCAGAAGGAGGUGGAUCAGAGGGAAGCCUUAAAGAAGAUGAAGGAUGUGUACGAGAAGACACCCCAGAUGGGGGACCCAGCCAGCUUGGAGCCCCAAAUCACAGAAACCCUGCGAAACAUCGAGCGGCUGAAGCUGGAAGUGCAGAAGUAUGAGGCUUGGCUGACUGAGGCUGAGAGUCGGGUCUUGAGCAACAGAGGGGACAGCCUGAACCGGCACGCCCGGCCUCCUGACCCCCCGGCCAGCGCCCCGCCAGACAGCAGCAGCAGCAACAGCGGGUCACAGGAGAACAAGGAGAGCUCUGAAGAGCCCCCUUCAGAAGAGGGCCAGGACACCCCCAUCUACACGGAGUUUGACGAAGAGUUUGAGGAGCCCACGUCCCCCAUAGGCCAGUGUGUGGCCAUCUACCACUUCGAAGGGUCCAGCGAGGGAACCAUCUCCAUGGCCGAGGGUGAAGACCUCAGUCUGAUGGAGGAGGACAAAGGCGACGGCUGGACCCGGGUUCGGCGGAAACAGGGAGGGGAGGGCUACGUGCCCACCUCCUACCUCCGGGUCACGCUCAACUGAGCCCUGCCCAGGCGGAAGUGGGGGGCUGUCAGCUGCUGCUUCUGGGCCACAGGGGGCCCCAGGACUUAUGCACUUUAUUUCUGCCCCCCUUGGCUUCAGCUGAGACCUGUGUAACCUUGUGCCCCCUCCCACCCCACCUGCUACCCCCUCAUGGACCGGCCGUGCCUUCAAGCAUGAUGUACAUACUCAUGUUUCAGAUCUUUUCUUCCUGCCGCUUGGCUUGGACCGUUUUGUUUUAUAUAUAAAAAAAAAAAUUAUACAAAG